GACGCACAACGUGGUGCCAAUGCCAACUACUUCUAAAGUGUAACGUGGAUUUAUGGCUUGCACACCUAACAUAUCCUCGUAGUGCAAACAUGAAUCAUAUAUGAGUAAAUAUAUUAUUUUGAUAAACUAUUUUUUCUUAAACAAAAACUAUUUUGGUCAGAGAGCCAUUAUUGGACAUUGCUCGAGGCUGAGACCGGUUCUGGCUGGCAAUUGGCCAGAUUCGUGCCUACAAAUUAUAAUAGUCUUGUUCUUUUUCUUUUCUUUUCUUUCUGGAAUCAAUCAUAGUUUGUAGAACACAUUUUGAGAGUGGAUCAACAUGGAACAAUCCUCAAACGACGAGAUCACAGCCCCUCUCCUAUCUAAUGAGGAGGAAGAUGAAGGUGGGAGCAAGAGUGAAGAGAACUCGCCCAUAAAACAAGUGGCGCUAACGGUGGCAACGAGCGAUGACCCAUCGCUUCCGGUUCUGACGUUCCGAAUGUGGGUGUUGGGAACCCUCUCGUGCGUGCUCCUAUCGUUCCUGAACCAGUUCUUCUGGUACCGCACCGAGCCUCUCACCAUCACCGCCAUCUCGGCGCAGAUCGCGGUGGUGCCGCUGGGUCAACUCAUGGCUGCAACAAUCACCAAACGCGUCUUCUUCCAAGGAACACGCUGCGAAUUCACCCUCAACCCAGGUCCCUUCAACGUGAAGGAGCACGUUCUCAUCACCAUCUUUGCCAACUCUGGCGCCGGCACUGUCUACGCCAUUCACGUUGUUACCGCUGUUAAAAUCUUUUACCGCAAACACAUCUCGUUUUUUGUUUCCCUGCUUGUAGUCAUUACCACACAGGUAUUGGGUUUCGGAUGGGCUGGCAUAUUUAGAAGAUACUUAGUGGAGCCAGCGGCAAUGUGGUGGCCAGCAAAUUUAGUUCAAGUUUCGCUCUUCAGGGCUCUGCACGAGAAGGACGAACGACCAAAGGGAGGGUUAACGCGAUCUCAGUUCUUCGUAAUCGCAUUUUUGUGCAGCUUCGCCUAUUACGUAUUCCCGGGCUACAUUUUCCAAAUGUUAACCUCUCUCUCUUGGAUAUGCUGGUUAUUUCCCAACAACGUUCUGGCCCAACAGCUUGGUUCGGGCCUAUAUGGGCUUGGCAUCGGAGCAGUUGGGCUUGACUGGUCCACCAUUUCAUCCUACCUCGGGAGCCCACUCGCCAGCCCAUGGUUUGCCACUGCCAACGUUGCGGUGGGUUUCGUGUUCGUCAUGUACAUUCUCACUCCACUGUGCUAUUGGCUCAACGUGUACGAUGCCAAAACCUUCCCCAUUUUCUCUGACGAACUUUUCACCGAUGAAGGUAAAGUUUAUAACAUCACUGCCAUAAUAGACUCCAAUUUCCACCUAGACCUUGCGGCGUAUGAGCGACAAGGUAGAUUGUACCUCAGUACUUUCUUUGCCAUGACCUACGGGGUUGGCUUUGCUGCACUUUCUGCCACCAUUAUGCAUGUUGCUCUCUUUCAUGGACGAGAAAUAUGGGAGCAAAGUAAGUCAAGUUUUAAGGAAAAGGGCAUGGACAUUCACACGAAGCUUAUGCGGAGGUACAAGCAAGUUCCUGAAUGGUGGUUCGUGUGCAUACUCAUCGCAACCAUUGCAACUACCGUUUUCACUUGCCAAUAUUUCAACGAGCAGCUGCAGUUGCCUUGGUGGGGUGUUCUUCUCGCAUGUGCCAUUGCCAUUUUCUUCACGCUCCCCAUAGGGAUUAUUACUGCGAUCACAAAUCAGUCUCCGGGGUUGAACAUAAUCACGGAAUACAUCAUAGGGUACAUCUACCCAGGAUAUCCUGUGGCUAACAUGUGCUUCAAGGUUUAUGGUUACAUUAGCAUGACGCAGGCCAUCACUUUCUUGCAAGACUUCAAGCUUGGUCACUAUAUGAAAAUCCCUCCCAGAACCAUGUUCAUGGCACAGGUUGUUGGAACGCUUAUUGCGGGUAUUGUGUACUUGGGUACUGCGUGGUGGUUAAUGGAAACAAUCCCGGACAUAUGCGAAGACACAUCCUCUGUUUGGACGUGUCCAAGUGACACAGUGUUCUACGAUGCAUCGGUUAUUUGGGGUUUGAUUGGGCCGCGAAGAAUAUUCGGAGACCUAGGAACCUACGAGAAGGUGAAUUGGUUCUUCCUGGGUGGAGCCGUUGCUCCAUUACUCGUAUGGUUAGCUGCGAGGGCCUUCCCACAGCAAGAGUGGAUCAGGCUCAUAAACAUGCCGGUGCUGAUAGGAGCCACGGGAAUGAUGCCUCCCGCAACCGCAGUGAAUUACACUAGCUGGAUCAUUGUGGGCUUUCUCUCGGGCUUCGUUGUGUUCAGGUACAGGCCCGAGUGGUGGCGGCGUCACAACUAUGUGCUCUCUGGUGCCCUUGAUGCGGGCCUUGCCUUCAUGGGGGUGCUUUUGUAUCUCUGCCUUGGAUUGGAGGACAUUAGCAUCAAUUGGUGGGGAAACGACCUUGAUGGUUGUGCCUUGGCUCACUGCCCCACCGCCAAAGGAUUACAGGUUCAAGGCUGUCCCGUUUUCACUUGAACAUCGUUAAAGGUUUCCGGAAAAUACCCACUACGUCUAGUGGUUAGCAAAUUAAUUAUAAUUUUUUAUUAAAAAUAUAUUUCUAAACUCUUUAGCAUAACUUUUAUUAUUAUUUUUUUUAAUGAAGAUUUUUUUAUGUGCCGAAGACAUUAGUUAAUGAUAAGGAUGAAAAUGUAAAUCAAUCUACCAAUUCACUUAUUUUUUUUAUGUAUUGAGUUGAAUAUAUAAAAUUUUCAACCCCUCCAACUUAUCAAUCCACUUUAUUUACACUUUA